AGCAGCGCGGGCGGACUCCUCUAUGGGCUCGGUCUUGAAGGCGAGCGGAGAGCGAAUGUCGUCAUGAGCGAACAACAGGACAGUAUGGCCACCACUGUUGCUGUCAGUCCCAGCGAGUACCUUCAGCCCUCCACCGCCUCCACACAACUUGAGGAUCACACAUGUGGACCACAGAGGGGCACUAAAGCUUUGCAGGACACCCAGCCCUCUCCUUUGGCCCUUCUGGCUGCUACCUGUAGUAAAAUUGGCCCUCCUGCUGCUCAGGCUCCAGUCACCGCCCCUCCAGCGCAGCCUCAGCCUCGCAGGCUUCUUCCUAUAAAACCAGCCCCAAUUGCACCUGCUCCACCCAAAAACCUGGGUUUCCUGUCAACCAAGGGCAAUGUGAUCCAGCUGCCUGCUGGUCUGGGGUCCACAGCCCCUGGCAGCCCUAUUGUGCUCACCAUCCAGCAGAGUCCAGCUCGCACCAACACCUCUGCCCCCGCCAACAUCCAGUAUCAGGUGAUGCCGCAGAUCCAGGGUCCUCAGACUAUCCAGGUGAUGCCACAGGGAGGCCAAAUCCAGCUCAUACCUGGAACCAACCAGGCAAUCAUCACCACACCCAUGACAGUCCCUGCCCCAGCAGCUGCUGCUACACCGGUCACUCCACAGAAAAGUGUCGCCAUUAAGCCCUCCACCAAGCCACGGAAGCCAAACAAUGCCACCACAAACAUGGUGCAGCUUCCUGGUGGGCUGACACUGCCACUUAAUGUGGCAACAGGAGAGGUGGGUGGGACUCCAAUAGUCACAGAGACAGCAGCUGCCCCACCCACUCCUGGGAAGGGAAGACGAGGGAGGAAGAAGAAAGUCAUAGCUACUCAGCCUCCUCCUCCUCCACCUGCGCAGGCUGCAUCACCACCACCAGAGCAGAUGGAGACCAUCCUGAUAGAAGCUGGAGACAACAUCAUACAGGCAGGCAACAACCUGUUGAUUGUGCAGAGUCCCGGGCAGCCGGCUGUGGUGCAGCAGGUGCAGCUGGUCCAGUCUAAACCGGAGUCUCAGGUGGUUCAGAUCCCACAGCAGGCCCUGAAGGUGGUGCAAGCCGCCUCAGCUACACUGCCACCAGUUCCACAGAGACAGACACCACCAUCAAACCUGCAGGUCACCCCGACAGAUCCUUCACCCACACAGAUUUUUUUCAAAACACCAUCAGGUGAGUGGCAGACUGUCCAGCUCCAGGAGACGGUCUCCUCAACAGCUCCCCCCACGCCUUCAGUAACAACCACCACCACCACAGCCUCCUCACCUGCAGCCAGUACCAAAAAGACGCUAGUUGGGGGACGGAAGGAGCGGACUCUGGCCAAAAUCGCUCCUGCAGGGGGAAUGAUUGCUCUGAAUACAUCACAGAUGUCCUCAGCACCACAAGCAGUCCAGACGAUCAGCAUCAAUGGGGUCCAAGUUCAGGGAGUUCCUGUCACCAUCACCAACGCCGGGGGCCAACAGCACCUAACAGUGCAAACCAUGCAGGGUGGAGGGCUCCAACUUGCAGCGCUGCAGGGCCAACCAGCCGUCCAGGUAGACCAGACCCUCACACUCGAGCUGCCUGGUCAGCCAGGAGAGAAGAAGAGGCGCAUGGCUUGCACCUGCCCCAACUGUAAAGACGCUGAUAAGAGGCCUGGGGAGGUGGGGAAGAGGAAGCACAUCUGCCACGUCCCUGGCUGCGAGAAGACAUUCAGGAAAACAUCACUGCUCAGAGCUCACGUCCGACUGCACACUGGUGAGAGGCCCUUCGCCUGUAGCUGGGUCUUCUGUGGGAAACGCUUCACACGCAGUGACGAGCUGCAGCGGCACGCCAGAACGCACACGGGAGACAAACGGUUCGAGUGCAGCCAGUGUCAAAAACGUUUCAUGCGGAGCGACCACCUGACGAAGCAUUACAAGACUCACAUAAACACCAAGAACCUGUGAGCAGACUGUGUACUGAGUGUAUAUGCAGACAAACCCUCAUGAACUGUGUUUGAGGAAGAAGAGCAGAGGAAGGGAGUGUCUGACUUGUCCCAUAAUGGGAAAUACUCCAAAAAAAGGCCUUGUGUCCCCUCUCACUCCUCUAGGACACUGUGUAGCGUCAUGUACAAAGAAAACCUUCCUGACCAGCUUCAAAUUGAUCCAACAAAUAUAUUAAUAAUAGUUUAUUUUUUUGUUUUUAUCUGGUCUGAGCAGGGGCUAUCGCCAGCUUGAACUGAGCGAAUAGCGAAUUGAGUUGGCGAGGCUUCAGACACUUGACUUGGUUUGCUUAUUUAUAAAUUUCUCUUGGGAAGAAACGUAUUCAGAAUUAUUCAGACACCAGCUCCCAGUACCGCAGGACUACAGUCAUAUGUUCCUCUUUAUGUUUUUGAAUUUUUUUUUUUUUCUCCCAACUCCUGAUUGGUUUUACUUGCACAUACUUUUCUUCUUUGUUGUGGAACAUGAGCUCCCAGAAAUAGGCCAUCAAAAAUCCCUCAUAAAGAAAAAAAAAAAUUCAAUGCAGUUUUUUUAUUUCAUUUUAUUUUUUAAGGAAUUUUCUUUUACUUUUACUGAAAUGGCAAUUUUAUUUGUGUUUCAUAUGAACCCCGCUGUUGUAAAGUCUGUUUACCCAAAAAGACGGGGACCAUUACACAAACCUCCCCUUGCAAAACUUUAGAAGUUUACAGCUCUUUUAAAACUGUGUAUAUGCUUAGGAUUAUACUUAUUGUUAAUAAAAAAUAAACUAUUUAUUAUAAUUUUCCAUAUAAUCGUUACAAAGUGGAAUUAAUCAGACUUACAGUACAGAUUCAGAGAGGGUACAAAACAUUUUAAAAUCAGCAGCAACAAAAAUCCUUAAAAUAACCAGGUGGCCUGCAGAACCAUAAAGUGAUAUAAUUUCUUAAAGAGGUUUGAGGCCAGAACUUACAAAGCCUCAAAGCCUCUUUUCAGUUUCCAUAAAAUUUCAUGUGGUCUGACAGGACACAAGACUUCUGCACUUCCUCUAUACUCUUCUUGCAGGCAGUAGAAAAUCUACUCUGCUUGAGUUUGUCCAAUCACAGAUGUGUUCAGAGAAAGAAAUUAAACAUGUGAUUGAGAGCUUUAAUUUCUGUCAGACACGACACUGCUGCUCUCUUUAGUGACAUGAAAUGGCCUCAGGUCAUCUGUCAUUAUAUUUAGUCUUGAAUUCGACUGAACAGAGAGAGCUGCAGAAGAAAGGUGUGCAUUUACACAUUCUAAUCUUUUUUUUUUUUUUAAUUCCCUCAUUCUGUUUUUUUCUUCCCACAGCUUUAAAUCUGAGCCUUUUGUACAGUGGUGUGAAUACUGCAAAGUGUGGUCAAAUGUAAACAUACCUUUUCUUAGGUAUACUGUGGGAAACGAAACUGAAAAUCCUUUAAAAUUUGAAUCUAAAACCAGUUACACUCAAACUGGAUCUCAAAGUCUCUAAUGUAUAAAGUUCAAUGACAGUAGAGUAUUAGAGAGCAGAUCUUUAUGUCAAAAAGUGCAAGGAGCCAUUGGCAAAUAAGAGAGGCCCCAAGGAUGAACUUUGUGGGACGCCAGAAGCAACUUGGUCAAAAAUGGAGAAAGUUUAAGUUUGUUGAAUAUUCUAAACCGUGCAGGUUUGUCAGGAUUAUACCCAAUGUGGGCAGACAUAUUACAGUGUUUUCUUUGUGGAUAAAACCAAAUUUUUUUCCUGUUACUAGGAGUGGAACAAUUGCAUUUUAUCCAUCUUAGGAUAAAAUGCACUGAAAUACCUGUAAAAAGAGGUGUUGAGCACCUUAUUCAUAAAUCAUCCCAUGACUCUUUUUGGGAUUCUGCAGAAUUUAUUAUUCUUGGAUACUAUGACAGGUACGCUUGACCAGACCAGACCAGAUCUUUGGUACUGAAAAGUGAUAAUGAGUGUAAAAUUCAUUGUGGUUAGAGUUAGUUUUGAAUGUUUCAUCUGGUUUAUACUCUUGGUUACUUGUUCUCUGAUCACAAAAUUGGAAAAACUGAAAUGGCAAAUCAGUUUUGAGAACUUUUUCUUUCACCCCAAGUCUGUUGAAAGUGUUUUGGUUGUGGUAUUUUAAGUCCCACCAUUUCAGAAAAUAACCACCCCUAUUAAUAUUUUGAUAACAAACAGAAGACAAGAUUAGUUUCCGGGGUAACUGUUAUUCUUUAGAGUUUUAAUUUGGUGCUUGCAGCCUAUGCACUGCUGUAUAUAUCACUGAUUAGUAAGUUGUGGCCUGACUUGACAAUCAAUGUCAUGAGAUGCAAAAAAGAGCUUUCUCUGGCCUUUUAUCAGUUACAUUGAACAUUCAUCUUUCCAGCUCUGUGAUGGCUUUAAUUUCGAUUAAACACUUGAGAAAGUUUUGGUUUUCUUGCUGUUCAGAUGACUAACAUUAGGCCUGUUGUACAGUCAAUGCUCUUAGUAUCAUCAUAUUGUUGCUCUCUGAAGACGUACACUGAUUUAUUUGGUCAAAUUUGGGAGAUGCCAUGUUGAAGGUUUUAACUGUGGCAUGUUUUAAAAGGUUUUUAAAAUUCUUUAACGGCUGGUGAGAGCUUUGUUAUAAGCACUUUGAGAUCGUUUUCCUCACAGUGCUUCACAGGAGGGACAAAUAACGUUUAUCUUAGGUGGCCAAUAUUUGGUGUAUUUUUCAAGAACCUGUCUAAGGACGUACGAUGCCAUUGGGGUGAAAUGAAAGAACCUGCUCAUAUUUAUGUUUGUAUUUCAUGUCUGAAAAUGUACAUACAGUGUGUGUCUGGUAGACACAGUAAAUGUAGGAUAUUAAAAAAGUUAAGCUGCCUAGUGCUGUGGUUGGCCUCGUCAGCCCUGAAGGAAAUGGACUCUGUACAGUGUGUAAGUAAUAAAAUAUAAUGUGACAUUGUAUAGCUUCACUCUUGCUUUGUAUAAGACUUCUAGAUCUUUUUUCUAUUGAAUUAAAGAUGCCUUAGACAGCUGCACCCAGUAUUUAAAGAUGUUUUUUUCUGUCUAAUUCCAGGUAACAACAUUUGUAAAAUUAAUUUUGUGUUUUAACUUAUGUUACAUGCUAAUGUCAUGUGCACUGAUGAAGUUCCCAGGUUCCAAAUUUGUAAAUUUUAUCUUCAUGGUAAUUAAAUAUAAUGAGCCUUUCUGAAAUAGCACUCCUCUAUUACUUGGUUUCUGUGAAUUUAAUGCUUCGCUUUCCCCAAAACUCAGAUGUCAUUUAAUGUUCUGCACCCAGUUAUUGUAUUUAUCAGGAGAACCCACAGAACCAGCAAUUAAUUUUAUAACUUGUAUGAAGGUGCUAAAAGAUAGUUUGCUCCUUUUCUACAGUCUCCCCCCUCAAUAAAGAAGUCAAACCAU